AUUUUUCCACAACAAAUAGUCCCCCCUCCAGGCACAAUCUUACGCAAAGUCGGCAAUUGCUGCUCAACAAAAACACAUUUAUCUGUGUCUUGUUGGCUAUUGCUGCCUUUAAUAUUUAUUUAAACAGUGAAAGUGAACCUUCUACCUCGCUGCCAAGAUGCCCUUCAUGAAAGGAAAGGCUCCGAUUCGGAGAACCUUGCAGUACCUGAAUGCCGGCCAGCUGAUGCUGAAGGAUAAGGUAAAAAUAUUCAGCGUGAAUUACAACACGUACGGAGAGCACCAUGAAGGAGCCAGAGAUUUCGUGUUUUGGAACAUUCCCCAGAUACAGUACAAGAACCCGAAGGUGCAAGUGGUAACGUUCAAAAACAUGACCCCGUCUCCCUUUAUUCGCUGCUAUUUUGAAAACGGCAAACAGAUGCUGAUUGAUAUUGACAGUAAAAACCGGCAGGAGAUUCUACAACACCUGACCACCGUGGUGGGAAAAUCUGACGAAACGUUGAAGGCGGAAGCGAAGCUGGCCGAAAAGCAGGACAAUCCGGCCAACUUUGGUAUCGGCUGCAUGAAGCACUGCAUUUGCGAAGUUCCCGGCCAGUUACCGUGUCCGGGUGUUGUGCCCGUGCCAAAGCACAUGCGAGGCAAGUUUAAGUACCAAAUGAAGGAAUAAUCUCGUGCACGAGAAGGCAAAAGAAGGAUAAAUAAAUUUGUUUAGUUUUUUAGCUUCUA